CGCGAGCUUCAUGAAUUUGUCAUCGAGAACGCACACACACACGUACGCAUCGUGAAUAAUCUCGAUCAUCUGCUCCGCGCCUCCCAUCUCCCAUGAAUGCGACCGGGAUUUAAAUAUGACGUUCUGAAUGAAAUUGCUAUGAUAUCGCCCAUCGGAACGUGUCGUACAUUCCGAGCUGGUAUUCGAUCUAGAAACGACGAGUGCACGAUGCGAACAUUCAUCGCACGAUUGCGGAGCAAGCUGUUAUUUUGACAAUUAACGCCACACCUAAAUUACGCAAUUUAUUUAUCGCAAGCUCCAAAGCGUACUUGUCCAAAGCGUAUUUCCACGAAGAAGUCUUCUUUCUCCUCGAUAUCUUCUAGUGCGUGCAUGAAGAUUCCGUGUAGUCGGCUGUGAUAUUUGUAACUUUAUUCUGUAUCUAUACAAUUUUUCAUAGAGAUCACGAGAGCGUAGAGACGUUUGAACCCUAGAUACGUAAAAAGGUGAAAUUUAUCUGACCAGAAAGAUCUCUAUGAGACUUGCUGUUUCCUAAUAUUGAGCAGGUAUAUGCGUAAAACGCGUUGCGACAAAACUUGUAUUCAUGCCUUUUUGUCUGAGAAGUAACGCAGUUUGCAAAAUGGAAGAAUAUUCUGUUGCAUCUGACGUGUCGGUGGUCGACGUAUAUGACAUUGCAUCAGAGAUAGGAAAGGAAUGCGAGAAGCUUAUAGAUCUAUUUGGAGCACAGUCAGUGACCAAUCUUAUGCCAAAGGUAAUCAAUGCUUUAGAGUUACUCGAAAAUCUUGCUAUCAAGAAUGAACGUGAAAAUACUACAGUGCAAGAGCUUAGCGCUAAGAUCUCUCAGCUUGAAAGCGACAAGAUUGGGAAAGCUGAAGAUAGACAACGAUUUGAAAAGGAACUGGAGCAAAUUGAAGAACAUUGGAGACAGGAGUCCCGUGAUUUAGUAGCCAUGGUUACUAGAUUACAGGAAGAGAAUAGACGAUUAGCCGAAGCCCUACAAGAAUCACAAAGUGAUAGUCAGUACAGCAGUAAACAAACAACUAUCACACCUAGUCAAGAAGUUGAUGUAGCAGUUCUACAACAUUUAAGAUCCAUGAUAGAUAAGCAAAGAGAUCAGAUCCGCGCUAGAGAUCGAGAAUUAUCGCAAAAAACUGCAGAAAUUGAAAAUUUGACUGCACAGGUAGAGAAGCUUACUGUAGUUGGACGGGAACUGAAACGUAAACAACGACAGGCGCAAAUGCAAGCCCGAGGUUUAGUAGAAGAGAGAGCCGACUUUUUAGCUCAGCUGCAAGAUCAGAAUCGAGAACUUAUAAAUCUCCGAGGUCGACUUGGCAUGGCUAGAAAAGAAAACGAGGAUUUAAGUAAAUUACAAGGCUGUCCUGAUUUAACGAAUAAAGCAAUUUAUGAUUUGGACGAUCCUGAUAGACCCAGAUUUACGACUGCUGAGCUUAAAGAGAUUUUGCACGAACGAAAUGAAUUAAAAGCAAGAGUUUCAGAUCUCGAGGACGAAUUAGAAUUGUAUCGACCGAAACCUGAAAUUCCAGAAGAUGAUAAAGAUGCACCUGUGCAAGGACCGCUUCCUUAUGAACCAGAUGAUGCACCCUGGAAAAAAUCCUCUGAAUCCGGUAUUCGUAAAUUCUUCCGAAAAAUAUUCUCGGAAUCCAGCAGCAGCUUUCUCGGAGGUAGUAGUCCCAGACGAAGUCUUUCUAGUCUUUCAAAGAUGGCUCUAUCUGGUAGCAGUACCUGUGAUACAUCUAUAUAAUGAUUUCUUCAAAAUACAUUGGAUAAUUUUAAGUAAUUGGACGAAUAACCACAAAGAUGACGUUGCUUAUAAAUAUACUUUUCAUAUACAUUUUCAUUUUCAUUAGAUAUUCUAACUGCUCGGUAUCCAUACAAUUUUAAUAUAGAUAUGGAUCCUUACAAAAAUAGUCAUUAUUACUGGUUCAUAGUGAAUACAUAGAUGUGCAUGAAAUAAGCAAAUUGAAAAUUUAAGUAUAAACUUAUAAUGAAUGAGAAGAUCAUAUGUAUAUAUUUGUAUAGUUGCAUAAAAAGACAAUGUGCAUUUAGCUACACGAUCUUAGUAUACCAAAUCUUUGCUCGUAUAUAAUUUUUAUUUAUUUUUUGUAUUUUUAAGCAUGAAAUUCUAUAAAUUUAAUUUAUACAUAGGAUAUUUGUGAUGCAUGUAAAGAGGAUAGCGAUACAAAUAGAAGACAACAUUCCUAGUUUUUUUAUAAAAGUACUAAGUGCGUGUAGAUUUAAAUGUGUAUUGUAUGAUAUAUACCAAAGUAUCUAACUAUUAUUUACUACUAAUCUUUGAAGAUUUUUAUUUUAUUUUUUGGUAAUUUACUUUAUUUUAUAA